AAACGUAUAUAUGUAUGCUUAACUGCUUAAUGUUGGUAGGUACGUAUAGUUCUUGGACAAACAACAGAAACGAUAAUAUGCCAUCGUUAUUGUUGCUGUAGGUUGGCAUAUAUUUAUAUAGAUAUGUCAAUAUAAUAAAAACCAUGUAAUGGUGUUCAAUUGUACAUUUUACCUGAUGUAUAAAAAGGUUAUAUGGGAACUAAAAAAUAAAAGUUCAUAUAUUAUGUACCUAUACCUAAUAGACCGUAUAAUAUUACAUUCAUAGUUUUUAACCAGUUAAGUAGAACGUAUGAGGAUGACUCUCAACCUUGUUUAUUUUACUUCAUUAUCGAUCCUACUACAGAUAUUUUAUGUCACUGGAGUUUCAGUUUCAUGGAGUUCCCCGAGCACAAUAUAUUCAUCAAUAAAAAGUCAAUCGGUACCUACAUAUAAUGGCAAUUUACAGCAACAGUCUACGUCUUCAACAAGACAACCUUUUGGAAUAUCAGGAGGUACAUUAACAAGUCAUAUUGAUAAUCUGAAUACAAAAAUGUCAUCUAACAUAGGUUUGGGGAAAAAUUCAAAUACGAUUUUGGUAAAACAAAUUGGUCAACGAGAUAAUAACGAUGCCAGCGUGUCGGAAAAUAUAAUUACUAACAUUCAACCCUCUGAAAUGAGUUCUAAGUUAUCACUAUCUUCAACAACCAUUCCAAAUUUUGAAAUUCCAGUUCAUUUUAAUGGACCUGGGUUAUCAAAUAUUUACGACGAAACAAAUAAAAUUAGUGAUACAAAUCGUUUAAAUGAAGUGAAUAAUUUGGAGCGAUCGAGUGGUUCAGAUGAAGGUUAUCAAUUGGGAGAGUUAAAUAGAUUAAGUAGGUCAAUUAGUGAAGAUGGUUUGAAUUUAGUAGAUAGCACUGGUGUAGGAUCAAAUGAAAGAAAUGAAAAAGGUUUACGCAAUAAAUCUAAAAUUGGAGAAAAUGAAGCGUAUGGAGUAGGUAAAGUGGAAAACUAUAGAGGAGGUCAUAAGUCUAGAAAAAAUAAUUUUGUAAGUGGAACGGGUGGUUCUACCAAAUUUAGUUUCGAGGCUGGAAAACGCGCUAAACAGGGAAUUAUUGGGGAAGGUGAAACCAGAAAAUUUGGUGAAUUAAGUAGAGAUGGUGGAGGCAGAAUGUUUAUUGGAAAUGGUGAAGAUAAACAAAUAGGAAGAGAUAGAGGAUUUAGUGCAUCAGUUGGAUCUAUACAAUUCAGUAGAAAAAAUGAUGGUAGAGUAGGUUGGUUUGGUGGGGAAGAGGGAGGAGAUAGAGGGUUUAGUAGAUCCAAUGGAUCCAUACGAUUUGGCAGAAAGAAUAAAAGUGGAACAGGUGGAUCGAGUGGGGAAAAACAAAGAGAUAGAGAAUCCAGUACAUCAAAUGCAUCCAUACAAUUGGGUAGAAAAAAUGGUGGUAGAGCUGGGGGAUCGGACGGGGAAGAAGGAGGAGUUAGAGGGCUUAGUAGAUCCAAUGGGUCUAUAAGGUUUAGUAGUAAAAAUAAAAGUGGAACAGGUGGAUUGGGUGGGGUAGAAGGAAAUAUAGGGGUGGGUAGAUCAAUUGGAUCUAUGAGAUUUGGUAGAGAAAAAAAAAGUAGAGAAGGUGGAUUGGGUGGAGAAGUAGAAGAAGGUAGAGGAUUUAGUGGAUCAAUUGGACCUAUAGGAUUAGGUAGAAAAAAUGGCGAUAGAGCAAGGGAAUCGGAUGGGAGAGAAGGAGGAGAUAGAGGACUUAUUAGAUCCAAUGGGUCUAUACGGUUUAGUAGUAAAAAUAAUAGUGGAAUAGGUAGAUUGGGCGGGGAAGAAGAAGGAGAUAUAGGGGUUGGUAGAUCAAUUGGAUCUAUGAGAUUUGGUAGAGAAGGUGGAUCGGGUGUUGAAGAAGACGAAGAAGGUAGAGGAUUUAGUGGAUCAGUUGGAUCUAUAAGUUUAGGUAGAAAAAAUAAGGGUGGAACAGGUGGAUCUGGUGAAGAAAAUAUAAAAUUUGGUGGUGAAGGAUCGAGAACUCAUAAAAGUUCAAUAUCUAGCGUUGUUAAAAUGAAUGGAAGUGGUGGAAAGAAAACAUUUGGAGGAUCAGUUGGAAGUACAACAUUUGGUGAAGAAAGUGGAGAUAAAAGACAAAGUAAGUCAAAUAGUAAUAAUAUAAAUAGAAAUAUUGGAAAUUACGGAGGCAGAAAAUUUGAUAGUUAUAUUGAAGGUAAUGGAUUUUCAAGAGAGUAUGGUACAGGUGAAGAAAGUGAUGGUGCAGGAUUUGGUGAAUUCGGACCAGAAAUGGAUGAAAAGCUAAAGUGGGACGAUUAGAUUAAUGGGAAUAAAAUGAAUUUCAAAUAAUAUGUACUAAUCCAUCUUUAAUUAGUGACAGAUUGAAAAAAUAACAAAAUAAAUAAAAACAAAAAUUUGAAA